GGUCCCUAUAUUUUGAAAAUUUGGCGCUUUUCUCUCCCUUGUUUCUUAACCGCUUUUGAUGUUUGCCAGAUUGUUUUUAAACUUUUUUUGCAUUGUUUUAAUUGUAAUUAACCAUGUUAAAUUUUGAUUAACCUUAGUAAUAUUUUGUAAGGCACUUUUGCCAGUCUUAUUUUUGUGUAUUGAAAAAUGAAUCUAGAGACCGGUCAAUGGAGAACAUUCUUGGGAUGUAACUUGAUUGAUGAAGCUUUGGCCACAAUAGCUGAAGAAUGGGAUCAACAUAUAGCCAACCUUCAUCACUCCAUUGUUGGUUUAUGUAAUCAAGACUUAAGGUCCUCGGAAACUUCAUCCUAUUCGGCAACGCAAGCUGGUAGACGUGAAAGAAGGUUCACAGCUGCACAGAAGGCUCUACAAGCAUUAUUGAACAGUGCUAAUAUAUCAUCCAUUAAUUCAUCUUUAGCAUCAACGGACAGUGUUAAACGUGUAACUCGUGCUCAAGCUAGAAAACGUGUAAAAGAAAAUAACUCUAUAACUGGCUCAGGAGGGAAUCGAAGUUUAGAAUCUAACUCUUCUGUUAACGAAACUAAAAGUAAAAGGAAUCUUAGAGCAAAAGUAAAGAAAGACGAUAAAGAUGAGACUUUCGUUAAGCCUCCAGCACCAACCAUUAAGCCAGAUACUGAAUUACAGUGUAUCAAAAACGAGCGUGAUGAAACUGAUUUCAAAACUUUGGAUUGUGAUGAGUUCAUGUCUUUUAAAGUCAGUCCAAUUCCAAAGCUUUGUGAACCUACAGAAGAGGGUGAGGACCCAUCCAUGUGGAAUGUAAAAAGAACAGAAAUUAUAAGUCAACCCAAAAAAGAAGAGCCUAACCUUGAACCAAUACCUACUAAUGAGGUUGAGUUUGAAGUGGUAACUCCAACAAAUGCAAAAAAAGUAUCACCUGAGUCAGCACCUCAAGAUAGUGAAUGGACUACUGACGACGAAUCAUUUGAAAGUGUCCGAUCUAUCGGGGACGAAACUUAUCAAAGAAUGACCAGAAAGAAGUCUCCGGGUUCGAGCCAUAAACUUUCAACCGUGAAGAAAAAGAGGAAACAAACAGAAUAUUUCACUCCGUCUAUACCUCGCAAGUCAUCUAGGUUAACUAGACAAACUGCUAAACUUGAAAUCACGCCGAAAGUUGAAUGUCUUGUUCCAAAUAAUUUUCUAACUAGAACUGCAUCAGCUGUUAAAUGUUCACGUAAAGUACUCUCUGAAAAAUCAAGUGGAACUACGACCAGUGGAAGCAGUAUUGCUAGUUCAGCAGCUACUAUCACUUCAUCACUUGGUAGGUCAGAGUCAGUGAAAGGAAAGACGGCUGUAUCUAGAACGUGUACUACUCCUGAUACUAAAUCUUUAACGGCUUCUGCUUUAAAGAGACGCUUGGACGAGGACGAAAAACGUAGAGCACAAUUAGCUCAGCUAGAAGAAAAGGAGAAGAAAGCGAAUCAACAAAGACAAGAGAAUUUGAAGCAGAAAGCUUUAUCCACAAAAAUGAAAAAUGAAGAGAGAAUGAAAAAGAUAGAACUCAAGAAGAAAAAAGAAGAAGAAGAAAUGAAAGAGAAACGCAAAAAAGAACUUUCAAAGCAAAGAGAGAUGGAUGAACGCCGCAGAGAGAAAGAAGAAGCUCGUCGUCGUGAAGCACUUCGAAUGCAAGAGGCUCUGAAAAGAAAGAAGGAAGAGUUCGAGCUAAGGAAACAACAAGAGGAAGAAGAUAGGAGAGCUCGUCUUCUCAAACAAGAGGAACAAAAUCGAAAGAAAGCUGAAGAAAAUAUAAGAAUUAAAAAGGAGCAAGAUAGGAUAUUAGAGAUGAUUGUGGCUCACAAUAAAAAUAUUCAACAAAAAGCUCCUGUUCCUCAAAAAUCUGAACAUCUUGCACCAACUUUUAAGCAUCCUUUACCAUUAGAUGUCGGAACUCCUCCAGUUUUACCUUUGAAUAGUACAUUCAAUGUUGACAAAGAACCAGAACCAGAACCUGAAUCUAAGUCAACAUCAGCCAAGAAAGAAGAUCCUGUCCCGAAUGAAAAUUAUCCACUGACUCCUCCUCCAAAGCCUAAACCAUCACCAGUAAAUUAUGAUAUCAGUGAUAUAAAGUCAGAUGAUGAUACUGAUGACGAAGAUAGACCGAGAAAACAGAUACCUCCAUGGGCUAAAGGCGAUGCCUUGUUAGACGCAUUGGAUAAACAAUUUGCCAAAUCCAGGCGAGCUCGAGAAAAAGAAAUCCGGCAUAUAUUCCCUAACUUCGAUUUCUCGAUUCGAUUGAGUGAAAUAUUCAAGAGUAACCGUGUCGUUCAUCCAAAAUACGACAAGAGAACUAGUUCAGCUGUAUGGAGCUCUCCGCCUUGUAAUUCAACUUUUAAUUGCAGUGUUUUAACUGAUGAUUCAUAACUAAUCCGUUUAUACAAAAUCACUUUUAUUUAGAGAUGAACAAAAAAUAAAGCGUGAAAAUUUCAUCGAAAAACUACUAUAA